GUUCCAACACUACAGUCGCCCAAGUAUAAAUCCAUAUUUUUCCCCAAAAUUUUAUUCUUUCUCUCACAAGCCAAAAACCCUCGUUAUUAAUCGGCGGAAGCAGAUAGCCUCUAGCCAUGACUUUCAAGCGUAGGAAUGGUGGCCGCAACAAGCAUGGCCGUGGCCAUGUCAAAUUUAUCCGCUGUUCUAACUGUGGCAAAUGCUGCCCCAAGGAUAAGUCAAUUAAGAGGUUUCUUGUGAGGAACAUUGUGGAACAAGCUGCUGUUAGAGAUGUCCAAGAAGCCUGCGUUUAUGACACUUAUACUUUGCCUAAGCUGUAUGUUAAGAUGCAAUACUGUGUCUCGUGUGCGAUCCACUCCCACGUUGUGAGAGUCCGAUCCCGCACCGAUAGGAGGAAACGUGAUCCACCCGCCCGCUUCAUCAGACGCAGGGAUGAUAUGCCAAAGCCUGGUCAGCCUGGUCAAGCACCACGUCCAGGUGUUGCAGUUCCUGCUCGUGCUUAAGGCCUGUGAAAGCUUUUAAGAUAAAUUUUCUAUAUUCUUAUUUUGGUUUAAAAUGGUUGCAUUAAUUUGAAGAACAUGGAGACAUGUAGGAAGGUUUUGAUUGCUUCAAAGUUUAAUACCAUUUGAUACCUUUUUAUUGUUA